UUUUUUGUGUUGAAGUCUUUGCAGCUUGGGCUGAGGGUGUUAACCCAAGGCUGCACCAAUGCAGCCUUCACACGGGGUGAGUGUCUCUGUUACUUCCUGUCUCAUCGACAGGCGAGCCCCGCAGAGGAAACCAGACCCACUAGCUCUUCUCACUGUAAUCAACGGCACCAUGAUGGACGGACUGAUCAGCUGCCUCGUCGAGAUGUCAAACACUGGAACAUGAAUGAAACAGGUUCAGAAGAACGUUCCUCCAUGUCUGCAGAGACCCCCUCCAGUUCCACCUCGCCGGCUCUGGUCCAGUUCCAACUGGGGCUGUCCAGGGAGAUGGUCCGAGUCCCGCCCGGCAACCUGAGCUACCGCCACGCACGCAGACUGGCGGCCGAGGUCAUAGAGAGAAAGGCUCCAGACUGCAGCGUGGUGGGCUCUGGUGAGAAGAUCCUGUUGUUCAGACAUCGACUGGCCUCUGACGAGCUGCUGCAGCGGCUGACGGACCAGGACGAGCUGCAGGACGGAGACCUCAUCGAGAUCAUUGUUGCAGGAUCAGCUUCUGUAGCUGAGAUGAAGAUGCGUCCACACUCCCUGAUGGUCCAAUCGUACCGGACCCCCACCUUCUGCCACCACUGCGGGGAGAUGCUGUGGGGCCUUGUGCGACAGGGGCUAAAAUGUGAAGGCUGCGGUUUAGAUUUUCACAAACGUUGUGCCUUCUUCCUGUCUAACAAUUGCAGCCGAGUGCGGCGGCAAGUCAGCACCAGCGUCUCCCUGUUUCCGCCUCGCAGACCACGAACGCACUCGCUGUCCAGUCAGACCGGAGGCAGUCUGGAGGAAAUCAGUUUGUCCAAGCCCUUGUCCAGGCCUCCAUCGUGGAACGAGCCUCCCGUCUGGCUCGGGGACAAGAGCAGGCCUCAGGUCCCCCACACCUUCCACAUCCACAGCUACACCAAACCCACAAUGUGCCAGCACUGCCACCGGCUGCUCAAAGGCCUGUUCAGACAGGGGCUGCAGUGCUCAGACUGCAGGUUCAACUGCCAUAAGCGCUGCGAGCUGUCGGUCCCCAGAGACUGUCCGGGGGAGAGGAGGGCCGUUAAUGGGGGUGACCUCUUGGCAGCUGUUCCCAGCUUCCCACAAGAUCCUGAGGACGCUGAAUCGGAGCUCGCCAGCACAACACUAGACACCUCAGAGGAUGAGAUGUCCUCCGAUGGAGACACAUUGCCUGAGAUGUUCGAGGUGGAGCAGCCGAUGAGGUUAGAGAGCGUUACCCGGGCGAUGUUGUCGUUUUGUCCUGAUGAUGUAAGACAUUUGAAUCUGAUCCCCUGUUUUAGCAGCAACAUCCCCCUUAUGAGGCUCGUCCAGUCGUCGCAUCACACUAAGAGGAGAGCAGCAGGAGUCCUGAGGGAGGGCUGGCUGCUGCACCACACCAACACAGACACCCUGAGGAAACGACAUUACUGGAUCCUGGACUGGAAAAGCAUCACUUUGUACCAGAAUGAGAGCAGCACCAAGUAUUACAAGGAGAUCCCUCUGUCAGAGGUGCUGCAGGUGCAAGGCCCCGCCAUGCUGUCCGUGCCCUCGCUGCCAGGCAACGAAGUCCACUCCUUUGAGCUGGUGACGGCCUCGCUGGUGUUCUGCGUGCAGGCUGGUGAUGAUGCCGCGGCGUGGGAGAGCUCCAUCUUUCAGGCUCUGAUGCCCCUGCAGAGCAGCAUAGGACCAGGCAAAGCGCAACAGGAUCAAGACCAGCAAAGAGACAGUGUGGACAUCGGCUCAGUGUAUCAGAUCUCUACAGAUGAAGUUCUUGGUUCUGGACAGUUUGGGGUGGUGUACAAAGGUACUCACAGGAAGUUGGGUCGAUCAGUCGCCAUCAAAGUCAUCGACAAGACCCGCUUCCCCACCCAGCAGGAGAGACAGCUGAGGAAUGAAGUGGCUAUCCUGCAGAAUCUGUCCCACCCUGGAGUUGUUGUGCUGGAAGGGAUGUUUGAAACCUCCAAACAUGUUUUUGUGGUCAUGGAGAAGCUCCACGGAGACAUGCUGGAGAUGAUUCUGUCCAGUGAGAAGGGCCGGCUCCCUGAACGCAUCACUCGGUUCCUGGUUAUACAGAUUCUUGAGGCUUUGCGGUAUCUCCACCUGAAACACGUGGCUCACUGUGACCUGAAGCCAGAAAACGUCCUGCUGGUCUCCCCUGAGCCCUUCCCUCAGGUGAAGCUGUGCGACUUCGGCUUUUCACGCAUCAUCGGUGAGAAGUCGUUCCGCCGCUCAGUGGUCGGCACUCCGGCCUACCUGGCCCCAGAGGUGAUCAGCAGCAGCGGCUAUAACCGCUCUUUGGACAUGUGGUCCGUGGGCGUCAUCAUGUACGUGAGCCUGAGUGGAACGUUCCCCUUCAACGAGGACGAGGACAUCCGGCAGCAGAUCACCAACGCGGCCUUCAUGUACCCCCGCCAGACCUGGGCAUCCAUCUCACUGGAAGCUGUGAGCCUCAUCAACAACCUGCUGCAGGUGGCUGUGAGACGCAGGUUCACUGUGGGCAAAGCUCUCGGACACUCCUGGCUGCAGAAUUUCCAGCUGUGGUGUGACCUCAGGGAGUUCGAGCUGAGGAUGAGCUCCAGGUAUCUGACACACAAGGCAGACGAGGAGCAUUGGAGGUGCUAUGCUCAGGAAAGGGGGCUGAACUUCCCCUCCUACCUCUGCUGGGACCCUGACAAUGAAAUGGAAAUGUGAUAUCUGCAAAACUGUCAGAGGUUCAUUUGUUUUUGUUUUGUUAGACUUUUAUAUGGACAAAUAAUAGACUCUGCUAAGUGCUAGUUAUUUAAGUCUAGCUUCCAUGAACCCACAGACAGUUAUUUUAAUUUGUAGAUGUGCCAAAAGAGCCUCAAAUCAUGGAAGAAAAACCACAAACAACUGCUCUUUAAUAAUGUAAUUAUCCUUUUUUAUUCCAGCUUUUUUAAAAUGUAGCUGUUUGAAUGUAAGUUUUUUAGCAUCAGUUAUGAUGGACAGAAUAAGCUGAGAAUGAGGGGAGGAGGUGAAUGGAGCACAGGUGAGAUAAAAUAAAUUUAACAUGCACAGAGGAGUCGACUUGCACUGUUUAUUAGUAUUGUUAUGGCUGGUGUUUCAUUGUGGAAAUGGGACCAAACCCCUGGUUUCUCCUCACUGACAGGCCUGCUGUGGUCCCACAUACAGCAUCGAUUCUUACUCUGUUCAUAACUUUCCUGACACCCUGAUGUCUCUCGCUGCUGACAUCUCUCGGUCUUCCUUUAACAGAAAGGACAGAGGUGUGUCAGUCGUUCUGCUCCUUUAGUUCCCGUUCUGUCUUUCUGUUUUCUCUCCUAAACCACCAUUAAGCCAUGGCCAUCUUUGUGCUUUUCUCCAUCUGCUUACGUGUUAGGUGCUCUCAUUCAUCCUUCAAAAGUUCCUGAGUUUCUUAAGAUCUCCAGGUUAAAGUCAAUCUUUGCCAAGCUUCAGGUUUCACAGUCGUUUCUUCACAUUGAGAUUGCCUCCCUGACUGUUAACAGGCUCCUGCAGGCGCUGUUUGGGUUUCAGUGUGAUUAAGGAAGAGUCGAGGACUCAGAGGCAGCGUUUCUAAACUUUUAACGAAGCAUGCGUCUGCACAAAUACACAACCAACCAAGCCAACGGACCAACCAGCUUUUUUUUUUUUUUUUUUUUUAUCACAUUUCUUCUUUAAUUA